GAAUAAUUAAUGCACGUGUUGGUAAUGUCGCGUACGAUGUUAUCCGCGCGCUCAUGAUGAUGCCAACGGCGCUAAUUCAACUUAACCUAAACCUGUAGCCAUGAACGGCUAUCGUUCGAUGUUCUGUGUGCAUGUGUCAUGUAAUUAUAAUUUACAGAAGAAUAGUGGAAUUAUUAUAGAACAAACGCGCUACAUCUCACACGUGGAAGGAAGGAUGUGGAUCUCGAUACGAGGGACAGUCAUGUAAAUGAGAAAUAGCCACGAAUAAAUUAUAACCUCACAAUGCGUAUGUUCCACUAUACAUUUUGAAUAAACUGACAGUGUUGUUUACUGUUAAUUUUCUAUUAUUUAAUAAAAACAAUGGAACGCAAUGAGGAAGACUGGUCUGUGGAGUGUUCUGAUGAUGAGAAAUAUGAUGUGGAUGCAAAACGUGAAUGGAACAUAAAGGCUGAAGAUAUACUUACGUUAAUCGAGGGCAUGGAUACUAACAACCGUGUCUUAGAACUUGAGUGGAAGUGUCCUGGUAGGCGAGGACCCUCCCCACUUCCUUCAAACAAUCGACAACAGGAGCACGGAUCUCAAGAAUACAAGACCGAAGAAAAAUCCGAUUUCGAUUUUAUGGACGAGAUAUCACCAAGACUGCCCGUUCGCAGAGUAGGUGAAAGCACUCCAAAGGGUAGCGCUAAAAAGAAAACUGCUAGUUUCAAUGGAGUACUGUCUACAAUGUUGAGACAUCGGAGACAAGAACAACAGGAAAUCAAUGCUAAUCCGAAAAAAAGCGAAUCUCCUGGGUUGAAGCCUCAUCCGCCCACUUAGAAGUCAUCGCUGUUUGAUGGCCAAACGAUUCGUUAUAUUGAAAAACUUUAAAAAAGGGUUACAUAGCAUGGCUGUAUAGCACGAGAUAAUGCAAAUAUGUGGACUGUGUGAGAAGAUUCUAGUUUAUAUAUAUUGUAAAAAGAGUACUAGUUUAUAUAUACUGCUAUAACACUUUUGUUAGAAAUAACAUCUAUAUUGGAGAAUGCGAUUUAUUAUACCUGUUAGAGGGUGUAGUCCUGCUCUAUCCUCUAUGAGGAUAUAAAUAAACAACGGAUGAUACGGAUAUUAUAUCAUUUAUAUCACAUUAAUACUUUCCGUAUUAAAUCUUUAUAUUGAAAAUUGUUAUGAAUCUUAGUGAUAUGUUUCUACAUAGAUCUUUCUCUAUAUAAAAAAGUGAGGCAUGUGUGCAUUUUUCUUACAAAGUUGCAAUUUUCUGCUUACGCUGUGCUGCCUGCAUACAAAAUAUGUACAAAUAUAUAGGUAAAAUAUUAAGAGAGAGAAACGUUUUUGUAGAAUGAAAACAAUCGGUAUAUAUUUUAUUACAGAUUUAAUUUGUACAUUGGAAACAAGCAUUGCGAACAGCGAUUAAGUGUAGUAGUGGUCGGUUUAAUUUUAUCAGGCAGAAAAUUAGAUUUGUAAAAUUAUUACGUAUAUUAUCUGUACUUUUAUCUAGAAUGAUAGUUUGAAAAGUAUGUUUUACUUUGUAAGAAUCUUUAUAUUUGCAGAAUCCGAUGCGCAAGUGAGCUUGAUUUGUACAUUUAUCCCUCCGUCGCUCAAUAUUUCAUACUUAAUUUUACUUACAGUACUACCAAUAUUCAUCAUCCAUUGUAACAUACUAUUAUUCUGCAACACAAUAUUAUUCUGUGUACGUUGUAAGUGUAUUUAUUUGUAAAGUGCAAUACAUCAGUGCCCAACAUUAGGUAAUUUUUUCGGGAAUAACUUUUCCAUGAAAUGCACGUAAUAUUAUUUGUAACUAAUUGUACUAAUGUCGAGAUGUUAAAUGUCACAUAUUACAAUUGCCAUCAAUUAUGGAACCGCGCAGCGCACGUUUGCGUUGAGCAUUUGAGGCACGGCCCACUCGGGGAAAUCGCUGAUCCCGAAGACGUAAACGCCCCACGUCGGAAAUAGAAUGACCUGAACUAUCAGACUAUAAAUCGCGGGCGCGAAGCCUCCGGUUAUUAACCACUUGGUCGGGAUGUGCCCCUGGGUGGCUAUGAUCGCGUUCGGCGGUGUUCCGACCGGAAGGCGGAACGAGAACGAACACAUGAGCGUGGCGGGCACCAUCAGGUACAUCGGAUGCAAUUUCAUCACCACGCACUGAAAGGCAGAGUGAAGUGUCAAGUUGCCUGCGACUGAAAUAACACGAAAUGCUGCACAUAUGUAUAGAAGAAUAAAAUUGUAUCUACAUGUA